GUUUGAGCUAGUUCUAGUCCUGGACGGACAUUUAUGUUAAGUUACAGACUGCUCUGGAGGCAGAAGUGCACGGCUGAUCCACAUUUCAUUUAGUCAGCUAAACUGUGAAAAGCUGUGCCGUUUUCCUUUUACUUCUACUGUAGGCCACCACCUGAGCAACAAUGGGAAGGAAGAGUAAAGCAAACAAUGGAGAGGCAUGCACUGAGUCAAACAAUGGAGAGCAGCCACAGCGCAGGGCAUCUAAAAGGAUACGGGCAAGAGAGGAAACGCAGCAAGAACAGGCACCGGCACCUGUCAAGACCAGCAGAAAGGCAGCCAAACAGCAAGCAAAGCCAGCCAAGAAAGAGGAGAAGAAAGAAGAACCCGAGGUUGAGAAGGAGGAAGCUCCUGCAGAAAAUGGAGAGGCCAAAGCUGAGGAGGAGGCUCCAGCAACAGAGGACGCACCUGAAGCAGAAGAGGUAGAGGAGAAAGCUGAGGAGGAGGAGGAAAAGGCCGAGGAGGAGGAAGAGGAGGAAGAGAAAGCAGCGGAGUAGUAGUGACACCUCAAGACUCACUUGCCAGGGCUCCCUGUACAUUGUUUCUUGUACAAUGCAGAGAAUAUUUUUAUCUACUAUUUUCAUAAGACAGUUAAUGUUUUUAGGCAUGUGAUUGCAGAAAUGCAUUUUUAAAAAUAAUACAAAUUCCACUCAGUUUCAUGGCUUCUGUGAAGGGAAAGUGUCGGUCGUUAUGUUGGGGGUUUUUUUUCCUUAUUGAGUUCAUAAUUGUACUUGUUUUUUCUCUCUCGUCUCUCCGGCUCCUUAUUUUGCCUUUAGGUUGUAGUUCUGCAUGACACGAAGUCGUGCCUAUAUCAGGAAUUUGAUGUUCAACUCUGGGAGAGUUUACCUGAGACAUUCCCAAGGCAUCUUGAGGGAUUUUGUAACCUGUACUGUUUUGGAAUUUAAUACAUCGUAAUACUGUGUGUUUGAUAGGGAAUAGGAUGAUUGAAAGUUUGAGAGUUGUGAUCAUUGCCGAGUUAAGUCUUGUUCACAACGUUCACUUAAAUCGUGUUCACUAGUACUGGACUUGGUUGUGUUUGUUGUUGUUUUUUGUUUUGUUUUGUUUUGUUUAUGCUGUCAGUUGAUGGUACAUUUGAGGUUGGUUAGACUGACCCAUACACUCAGCUGUACUCAAAACACAAUGCAUUACAGAGCUAAUCAUACUCAUCAUGGUUUAUUCUUUUAGAAUUACUGUGCUUUCACCUCAGUCAAUAGUUAUGUAUAUGCCACAUAUUUGUGGCUUUAUACAGUGCGGUUUUUGGGAUUUCUUUACCAAUGUACAGUUUCCUCAUUUUUUAAAAAAAAAGGUAAAAAAAGAAAAAUAAAUUGUUUCUUUGUUAUGAAUGGUAUAAAACGCCAAUUAAAGUGGGAAUUCCUCUCAA